GAUUCUUUAUUAUCAUUUCAAAAUACCUAACAUUACAUCCAUCCGGGUCUAUCCAUCACCCUAUUCGAACUUACAUGUAUCUAUUUAGAAUCGCCCUGUAAUCACUUCCUAUAGCCUCGAAGUUUAGAAUCGGCCAGAAUGAUGAUUCUUUUAACGUCCCGAAUCCUCGUAUAGACCGCUGAUAUCCAGUGAGAAGUAACAUCGAUCAACCAGUUACGAACACAUGAAAGACGAUGGCAAAAGGUGGAACUCAACAGCAGAGACAAGUGAACAACGACUGUAGUCAUCUUCUCGAAUGUCCUAUUUGUCUAGAGCAGAUGCGAGAACCAAAGUCUCUUCCUUGUUUACAUUCCUUCUGUGAGGAAUGUCUCGGCACCUACAUCGUCACAGACUUGUCAGGUGAGAUGGCCGCCGCGACCUCAUUCCCCUGUCCGGUCUGUAGGAAGAUCACAUCACCAGUCGAUCCCUCUGAUAGUAAGGAAACAUGUGCCAGGCAGUUUCUAACAGAUGAAUUGGUUCUGGAUUUGAUUUGCAGCAAGGGGAUAGCGGAUAUUUCACAUUUUUGUGGCCCCUGCAAAAAGACAAAAAACAAGGUAACUCCAGCAACAUCGCUGUGCAAAACGAGUGACAUGGCAUUUUGUGACCUUUGUAAAGUCAAUGUACAUGACAUUUUUCAUGACGUAUGUGACAUCGUAAUUAUUAAAGCGACAAACCAGAACCUAGCCUGGAAUCAACCACUAUCAAUGACAUGUUCCUCACACAAGGAGAAGAUGGACUAUUAUUGUGAGGAUCAUAAAUUCAUCGGAUGUUACAAAUGUAUUAUCACAGAGCAUCGACGUUGUUACACGGUGACAACAACCAAAGAAAUUUUUGAGAAACAGAAGAAUGAAUCUAGGCUGGGUUGUAUGGACAAGUCUCUCGAAAAAGCAGACGAGUGCUUGGAAUCAAUUCUAAAAGCUUUCGAUGAUCGAGUUGAAACCAUGCAACAAUGUCAAGAUGUUGGUUUAAGCAGUGUAAAAAGUUUACGAGAAAGGAUCAAUAUAUAUUUGGACAAGAAACAAGAUGAGUUAAUUGAUGAUCUUAAUUCGGUGUACAAAGCUGAGAAAGCAAAAGUUGAUUUAUCAAUCCAGAAAUGUAGCCGUCUCAAGGCUGCCAUUCAGAAUACGACAGCAAAUUCAAGGGUCGCCACACUGAAUGAAGACAGCAUUAGAACAAUUCGGCUGUUCCAUAAAGGCCAGGCAGAACUUGUAGCAUACAACAAUUUUAUUGACGAAAUGACAUAUUCUUUGAAGUCGGUCAGUUUCAAACAUGACAUCGGCGCAAGUCUCUCUACAAUUGACGAGACAAGCAUCCUGGCCCUGGGGGAAAUCUCCAAGGAGGAAAAAUCUUAUACCAUACCGGAUGGUGCUGAGUAUGUACCAAAUAUAGGCUUGUUAUCUGAGUGUCGGGUCAGGAAAAUAAGGACAUGCCGUGUUAAGCUCCCUUCUGAUACGACGAACUGUUCUCCAUAUGGCGUUUUGUUGUUGCCAAACGACAACGUUAUUGUAAGCGAUUUCUCCAGUGAAAAACUCCAGAUGUUUUCCCCUGACAAUAGGUGUUUAGGUGCGUUAAGGAUUGGGGCAUCUCUGCGGGAAAUUUGUGUUGUGGACAAGGACACAGUGGCGGUAGCAGGGCACUUCAAAAUAUACAUUGUGAGAGUGCAUGCCUCUAAGUUGAGUCUAUCAUCUGAAAUAAAGCUAUCGAGUGACUGUAACUGUCGUGGUAUAGCUUUUGUUGAUGGGGUUUUCAUCGUGAGUACACCAACACACAUUCGGGCUGUCACUAUGGAAGGAAAAUCCAACAUAUCUUACACACUGGGGAAUGAAUGUCGGCAUGUCGCCUAUUGCCCAAAAGAGGAACACAUAUUUGCCAGUCUCGUCACAUCUAUACCUGGUAGAGUUGUGUUAACCAGACUAUCUCAAUGGAAACAAGCUGAUAUCCUAAAGGAUGAAGUGGUCAAACGUGCGAUGGGAGUAGAUGUAGAUCGUGAAGGGAAUGUGUACGUCUGUGGUCAAUUGUCCAACAAUGUGGUACAGAUCUCCCCGGACGGUACCAAGGUCAGAGAACUUCUGACGGCAGAGAAUGAUAUAGAUAAACCCCUUGGUAUAUCGCUUUGUGGGGACAAAUUUGCUAUCACAAACGAGUCGGCGAAACACCGGUAUUAUGUUAACGUAUUUCAGUUAUACUGAGGUAAACUGAAAAAAACUCGAUAUCGUCCAUGUAGUCGGUGACUCCUUGUUUUAGAAGGUCAGUUAGUAUAUGCUCUCCUGUGGGAAUAUAUCGGAACUAAUGUGAAGAGUUGGCCUGACUUUUAGUUUAUAUCAUCCGUUAUUAUCAUUCCUAGGCUUAAGGGGCGCAAAACAAAAUAGGAAUAAGACAGAACAGAGCGAAUUAAAACGUGGAUGUUUUAGUCAGACAUGGAACCCGAUUGUGAGUGAUAGAAUGAGACAGACGGGACUCGGAUGUGGAUGUUAGAAUGAGACAAAUGGAACGCGAAUGUAGAUGAUAGAAUGAGACAGAUGAAAGGAAAAUGUUAAUUCUUGAUUGAGACAUUUAGAGGAAAAUGUUGAGUCUUGAUUAAGACGUUUGGAAGGAAAAUGUUGAGUCUUAAUUAAGACAUUUGGAAGGAAAAUGUUGAGUCUUAAUUAAGACAUUUGGCAGGAAAAUGUUGAGUCUUAAUUAAGACAUUUGGCAGGAAAAUGUUGAAUCUUGAUUAAGACAUUUGGAAGGAAAAUGUUGAGUCUUGAUUAAAACAAAUGUACGAAAAAACGGAUGCAUGAUUGAGACAGAGAUGGAAAGGAAACUGUUGAUGCUUGAAUGAGACAUAUGGAAGGAAAAUGAGGAUGCUAGACUAUUCUGUUUUAUGUGUCUAUUCCUACAUGUAUCGUGAUCGACAUAGCCAAUACGUGUAAUCGCCAUUUAUAAAAAGGGAAAUAAAAGGUUUGACGCUGUCUUUCUUA